AUGAUCAACACAGGCCUGGACUACUUACAGCGUGUGAUCACACGAUAUACAUCGUAUAUCAGACAGGAUCAACCCAGAUCUGGUCUACAGCGAGUGAUUACACAGGAUCAACCCAGGCCUGGACUACAGCGAGUGAUUACACAAGAUCAACCCCGACAUGGUCUACAGCGAGUGAUCACACGGGAUCAACCCCGGCCUGAUCUACAGCGAGUGAUCACACGGGAUCAACCCAGGCCUGGUCUACAGCGGGUGAUCACACGGGAUCAACCCAGGCCUGGCCUACAGCGGGUGAUCACACGGGAUCAACCCAGGCCUGGCCUACAGCGGGUGAUCACACGGGAUCAACCCAGGCCUGGCCUACAGCGAGUGAUCACACGGGAUCAACCCAGGCCUGGCCUACAGCGAGUGAUCACACGGGAUCAACCCAGGCCUGGCCUACAGCGGGUGAUCACACGGGAUCAACCCAGGCCUGGCCUACAGCGGGUGAUCACACGGGAUAAACCCAGGCCUGGCCUACAGCGGGUGAUCACACGGGAUAAACCCAGGCCUGGCCUACAGCGGGUGAUCACACGGGAUCAACCCAGGCCUGGUCUACAGCGGGUGAUCACACGGGAUCAACCCAGACCUGGCCUACAGCGGGUGAUCACACGGGAUCAACCCAGACCUGGCCUACAGCGGGUGAUCACACGGGAUCAACCCAGACCUGGCCUACAGCGAGUGAUCACACGGGAUCAACCCAGACCUGGCCUACAGCGAGUGAUCACACGGGAUCAACCCAGGCCUGGCCUACAGCGAGUGAUCACACGGGAUCAACCCAGGCCUGGUCUACAGCGAGUGAUCACACAGCUUGCAAACGAAUCAUUGCGUAUUUGUACAUGGAUUACAACUCAGUUGGUUACAAAUAAUUAA